UGAGUGUGUGUACGUGUGUGUGUGUGUGUGUGUGUGUGUGAGAGAGAGAGAGUGUGUGUGUGUGUGUGUGUGUGUGUGUGUGUGUGUGAGAGAGUGUGAGUGUGCGCGCAGUCCGGUCCAGUGGAUUGCCGGCUGCUCUCUCUCUCAGCCGGUGCUUAUAUUUUGUGCCCGUCCUUCAUGAACUUUUCCUCGACCGCACAGACUACUGUCAGCAUUUAAACUCUUCACUCGGCAGGGAGGUCGUGGUGAAUGUAAAGGUCACUGCAGCCUGUCCCCGGAGAGACAGUUGUGAGACAUGAUGUCGGAGGGGGAGCAUGACGACACAGUGCUGGAACCUCUGUUCAUCCAGGAGAGUGGGGAGGUGUACCGAAACCCCACUGAAGUGAAGAUGAGUCAGAUCGUGCUGCCCUGCCACGCAAACCACUGUGGCGAGCUGAGCGUUGGGCAGCUGCUGAAGUGGAUGGACUCCACAGCCUGUUUGUCUGCCGAGAGACACUCAGGUUGUUCCUGUAUCACUGCCUCUGUGGACGACAUCCAUUUUGAACACACCAUUGGGAUGGGAAAGGUUGUCAACAUCAUAGCAAAGGUCAACAGAGCCUUCACAUCCAGUAUGGAGGUGGGCAUAUUGGUGACUUGUGAGGACCUUUACACUGCCAGGCAGUGGAAUGUUUGCCAUGCCUUUGCCACCUUUGUUGCUAGACGAACUGAAGCUGGAAAGGUACAGCUGAAGCAGGUGGUUCCUCACACACAAAUGGAGCAGAUGGAGUACAGCCUGGCAGCAGAGAGGAGGAGGAUGAGGCUCAUCCAUGCUGAGAUCAUUACAGAUCUACUGAGCAGCAGCACAGCUCAACUGGGAGAAUGCCGGGAGUAUCACAACGCCGUGCAAGCUGAGCGGACACGAGUGGAGAGUGUAGAGCUGGUGUUACCUCCACAUGCCAAUCACCAAGUCAGCACCUUCGGGGGCCAGAUUAUGGCCUGGAUGGAGAACGUUGCAACGAUUGCAGCGAGUCGAUUGUGCAAUGCACAUCCAACCUUGAGGACCAUUGACAUGUUCCAUUUCCGCGGCCCGUCUCACAUUGGUGACCGACUGGUACUGAAAGCCAUUGUUAACAAUUCCUUCAAGCACAGCAUGGAGGUGGGAGUAUGUGCUGAGGCCUACCAGGGUGGAGAACCUCUGCGCCAUAUAAAUAGUGCUUUUAUGACCUUUGAGGUGCUGGACAGUGACAGGAAACCGCGCACACUUCCAAGGAUUCGACCUGAGCCUGUGGAUGGGAAAAGGCGUUAUCAAGAGGCCAUUGCAAGAAAAAAGAUUCGGUUGGAUAGGAAAUACAUCAUCUCCUGCAAGCAAACCGUAGUGCCCUUGUCUGUACCCUGGGAUCCAAGUAACCAGAUGUACCUGAGCUACAACAACGUCUCAGCACUGAAACUAAUGGACACCAGAAACAACUGGGUAUUAACUUCUGAGAAAAACAAGGUCAGACUGUACACACUGGAGGAAAACCACAUGCUGUGUUUCAAGGUGGAGAUGCACAUCAAUGUUGCAGCAGAGCAGACGUUCCACCUAUUGUCAGACCUGAGGAGAAGAAAAGAGUGGGACCAACAUUAUGAGGAGUGUGAGGUGAUCAGCCAGGCAGAUGAGGAAGACACCCUUUAUCGAGUAGCUACACCCUCCGUCAGUAAAGGGGCCAAAGGCCAGGACUUUAUCUUACUGGCAUCUAGGAGGAAGCCAUGUGAUGCAAGGGACCCAUAUUUGAUCGCUCUGCGCUCUGUCACUUUGCCCACUCACCCACCCACUGAUGGCCACACCCGCGGAGAGGUGCUAUGUGCCGGCUUCUCGAUCUGGGAAGAGUCGGAUUCCAUCACCAAGAUCACUUACUAUAACCAGGCCACACCAGGUGUCCUCCCAUACAUCUCCACAGACAUCGCUGGCCUCUCGUCCAGUUUUUACAGCGCUUUUUCCGCCUGCAGCCACUUUCUGGAGGUCAACAAAGACAGCCUGGCUGCUCCCUGACCCUCUGCACUGUGACACAACAGUACAGCUACAUCAAUAGGAAGGAUCAGUUCAUCUUUCAUCCCAUUUGACCCCUGUUGUUGAGGUACUGUGAUGAAGCCGUAGUUGAAUGUAUUUGUGCCUCUCGGCGAUACAAACGUCUCUGCAUUAGAUAUGUAGUUUCUGUAUUUUUUGAUGCACAAUGUUUCUGAGCCUUUCUCCAAUUUUAAGCCUUUUCAAAGUGUUAUUAGAGUCAAUGUAUUGUGGAAAACUUUGUGCAAUAAAGACGAAUAGGUCAGCUAGUCAUAUUUUGGUACAUAUAGUAGUUUUAAGUUUUUAACAUGUUCCGACUUUACACUAACUAACAUGAGGAUAAAACUAGUCUAAACUUAUAUUUCAAUUUUUUAAUCGGCUUCUUUUGCUUUAGAUGUUCUACCUCACUGAAUAGUUUUUAAACUAUUUGAUUAAAUCUUAUAUAAUAAAUCUUAUUUAAUGCUGCAGUUUUAUUUUAAGACAACGAUGUAUAUUUUAAAAGCAAUGUACUUGAACUGAUUAUAUUAUGCGAGGACACUCAAUGGCCAAGUAUGUCACGUGACAAGCUGUCUUGAUUUAAGUGAAACAAUAAACACAUUAGACCAGUG